AUGGCGAUUCCAGCUGCGGAGGCGCCGGCGCUCAACUUUGGAUCGACGUCGACUGCCAACGAUUCAGCAGCUCGCUUGGGGGCUUCCGUUACGGCCGGUGGCGGCGCCACGGCGGCCGCGUCAGGAGUAGGCCCGCCGGAAUCAGUCGUCCGCCCGUUCUCUCCUGAUACGCGCCGGUCGGAUGAGGGUGGGGCACAGCCGGCGGCGGAGAAGGCUUUGUCUGAUGUUGAGUUCUCCGGGGGGAUCCUGCACCACGUUCAGCUCGGGCGGUGGCGAUGUGGCUGUCGGACGCGCCCAUGGCGCGGCGCCGCCCGUCGUCUCGCGCGGCUCGAUUCAGUUCUUACCCCACAGUGCGCAAGCAUCCGCAAACACCACCAUCCGAGUUGCUGGAAGCGCAGGACAAGAGGGCCGCAAGCACCAGAUGAGCGGGCGGCGGCGGUUGAUCGUAUGCCGGCACUUGAAGCUGCCAUACAAAGGUUCGCUGACAGGGGGACUGAGGUAGUUGUCAACCUGGCGCUUGACACAAUUUAG